CCAUUCCUGAUAUCUCACUACGGUGGCAUUUACUCUGAGAAUCGAGGGUUAGUAAUGGCGUUGGCCGGGCGUCUCAGAGCAAAUCUUUCUCUCGUUCAGAACAUUUUCAGAGCCGAAUCCUUUUAUGCCCAGAGGUCGGGCAGCCCUAGUUUAGCAACUAAUGAGUUAUUAAGGAAUUAUUCGACGGCAUCAGGGUCAAAGGAAAUUAAGAUUAAGGUGCCUCUUACAUUAUUUGGAGGAACGGGAAACUAUGCCUCUGCUUUGUACCUCUCUGCUGUUAAAGCCAAUGCAUUGGACAAAGUUGAGACUGAAAUUCUUGACCUUGUUGAGGCUACCAAAAAGAGUCCUUCAUUUUCCCAGUUCAUAAAGGAUCUGUCAGUGCCUGGGGAGACCAGAGUGAAGGCUGUAAAUGAUAUAAGUUCGGCAGCUAAAUUCUCAGAUGUUACCAAGAACUUUUUGGCUAUUCUGGCUGAGAAUGGGAGACUAAGACAUAUUGAUAGUAUUGCAAAGAGAUUUCUGGACUUGACCAUGGCACAUAAGAAAGAGGUGAAAGCUGUGGUGACAACUGUUAUUCCCCUUCCUCCAGAGGAGGAGAAAGAACUGAAGGAGACACUGCAGGAUAUUAUUGGACAGGGAAAGACAGUUAAGCUUGAGCAGAAGAUUAAUCCUAGCAUUCUUGGUGGACUGGUGGUAGAAUUUGAUCAAAAGGUUUUGGACAUGUCGAUAAAGACUAGGGCAAUGCAGAUGGAGCGGUUCCUUAGGGAACCAAUCAACUUUGAUAGCCUUUAAAGAUGCCUCAACCUAUGCUUGAUGAACUUGCUACAAAUGCCUUUUCUUCAGUUGCUUCUGCAGUCCUCGUUUUGGCAGAAGAGGAAUUUAAAUUUCCAUUUUUUGUAAGGUCCAGUUGUUUUCCCCUGCUUUUCUGGAGGCAGUGACCUUUCUAUCCUGAAAAUAAAAGCAAAGGGGUUACUUUCUGCUAUUUCAGUUUGGUAUUUUUGUUGGUUUUGUA